AUGGAUCAGGAUCAGGGUGUAAUAGGAGGUCACAACAUAGAUGGAACUUUUCUUAUAUCAAAUAACUCGGUGAAGGAUGAACCAAUGGCGCUUACAUUGAUCAAGCCAAUACCAUAUUUACUGAGUGAUGUCUCUGAUAAUAUUAACCAUCUACAACCUUCAUCCAAAUAUCAGAUCAUCAACAAUAACAAAUCCAGAAUAUUUAGGUCAAAUGAUGACGUGCUACACCAAAAAGUCACUGGUUCAAUGUUGGUGAAGCUCACAGUCCAUUCAAAAGAUCAGUAUGGCGUCGUCUCGAAAUUAGAUGCUCAUAAUCAUUUCAUAAUAAAUUAUUUAAACACACCCAUGAAUGCUAAAUCUCAAGAGUCUUUCCAACCAUUACCAUACACACCAAAUAUUAUUACACAAUGGUCCAGCACUUUAUCAGAAACAAAGCAAAAUUCUUUCAAAUUAUCAAUGACUCCACCUAUUGAUAACAAAUCCCCAAUUAAGAACACAGCACUAAAUGAAGAAGGUGAAACCAUUGAUGACCCCUUUGAUUACUUUCUUGAUAGAUAUUUUGAAAAUCUAUAUCUUUUGACAACUCCCUUGACAUUUUUCACUAAAUCUACAUUUACAAGGUUGAAAACACUAUGUGAAGGUGACAAUAACGAAUAUGAAUCAAUAUUGAAACAGUUUGUGAUAGAUCAUGAAACUUUUGAUAAUAGACAUGUAAUGUCAAAUAAUGGGCUACUAAAUUCAACUUUGCUAUAUGAGAAAGAGAAUAUCUAUAGGAAAAAAUUCAUUCAAAAAUCGCUUAACUUGAUUGACUUUGAUAUUCAUUCAUCAACUUCAGUUGAGACCAACAAAAGUUUAUCAAAUGUCUUGAACAAUUUCAAAAUUAGAGAAUUGCAUCUACAGAUUUUGCUAUUAAUCGAGCUCAUAUACGUUACAGAUCAUGAUAAUGUCAAACAUUUCAAGAAAUUAUCCAAAAAACCACAUCUAACUAAAAAGUCUCUAGUGGGAAGAAGAAAAUUGACACCCACAAUAAAUGGUGGUGCUGUUCCUCUUGAAGAGCAAUCGGUGAAUAAGCAAGUGCUGAAUUAUAACCAGAUAUUAGAUAUAUACAUUGAUAAACUGUGCAUUUGGGAUGUAUUGAUGGGGACUUCAUCAACUGAUAAUUCAACUCCAAAAUUCAUGUCAUACAUUAUUGUUCCUUACUUCAACAAAAAGUGUCCAAAUAGUGUGAAGCACAUGUUGAAGAAAAUCAAAGGGCCAUCUUUCAAAACGUCAUCUUCAUCUAGCAGUAAAACAAAUGAAAAAUCUUCCAAAUCUAGUUCCUCAUCAGCAUCACUUAAAAGGUCAGCCUCAAUAUCAUCAUCAAAUGCAGAGAUUAAACGUCCAUCAUUAUCCCGCUCAUCGUCAAAUAUUAAACUAGAGGAUAUCCAAGAAUUGAAAACUUCACUUUCAAGAAGUAAUAGUGAUUUACAAAGCUUAAAAAGAACAUCUUCAUUCACUGCAAACAAUUUAUCUAAAAGACAAAUUGAUAUGUCACUCCCACCUAUUCCAUCAGAACCUGAAUCCCAACCUUUGAAAAGAAACUCAUCAAUAUUCACAAGAGUCGGUAAAAAACUAACACAAUCCAUAACAAAUAAUCCAACAUCAUCAAAAUCACUAAGUGCACCACCAAUAGAAACUUUUUCACAAGUUGAUGCAACACCUGUCAAAUCAGUCAAAUACAUUAAUCCAUUAUUAGAUCAAACACCAAGAGAUGGAGAAAAUAAAGUUGUGACGAGUUCUUCACCAAUUGAAUAUGCAAAGACUCCACAGAUUAUGAAAACACCUGCAGUUAUCAGAUCAUCUGUUAAGAAACCUGGUGAACCUGUUGAUUUUAAUAAUGCUGAAGAGGUUGAACAAAUGUUGGGGAGUCCAAUGGGGAAAGGUGUUAGAAGACGAUUAUUUGCCCCUCCAACUUCUCAAACUAAAUAA